AUGUCUGAACUGCGUAAACGCCAGGAUCCUGGCAAAAUUGCUGAUACGGACCCUCAGAAUGUUCUACCCCGAAGUACUUCUGUACUGUCUUCGGUGCUGUCUGGAUUCGACCGUCCCCGUCUUGUAAUCCUGAUAAUUCUUGCUGGCUUUGCGGCUUGGUUCCUAUCCCCUGAGGAAACUUCGUCACUCUCGCAUUCAUACGCAAUUUGCUCCUCAUCGGGUGCUCGUAUUUACACUGUGGAUCAUGCCGUGCCAAACGCCCAGUGCCUUGUUGUGGAUGGGUCUUUAAUACUGGACGUUGGUUCUUUGGACGAUAUUAUGGCACGUUGGGUUGCCAGAGAUCCCCUCCGUUCUUCUCUUCAAAUACGUUAUUUGGACGAAUCUUCGAUCGUGGUCCCGGGACUUAGCGAUUCACAUGCACACAUUCUCGAAUACGGUGCAAGUAAGCAACUUCUUCUUGAAACUGCCAAGACGAUCAAAGACACAGUUGCACUCGUCCGACAACAUAUUUUGGACAACGAUGACAUACUCAAUGACCCUUCAAAAAUUAUUGAAGGUUGGGGAUGGGACCACACUUCUUGGCCAGUGGAAGAAUGGCCAACCUCGGACGAUCUAGAUAUGGACCCGAUAAUCCGCGGCCGGCCAGUCAUCCUACAAAGCAAGGACGGCCAUGCAUUGUGGCUCUCGAAGGAGACUUUUGCAUUAAACUCUCCGUGGCCAUCAGAAAUAGAAGGUGGUGUCAUUAUGAAAGAUUCGUCUGGCAAUCCAAGCGGUGUUGUUCUUGACAAAGCCCAGGACCUUCUGCAGAAACCAGCUCCGACUGAACAGGACUUACUGAGACAUUUCAGCGCCACAGUCAAAGAUGUCUUGUCUCAUGGUUUAACCUCCGUCCAUGAUGCGGGGUUCAAACCUAUUUCGCUCGAGUUUUUCACAAGACAGGCGGCGGCAGGAAAUCUUCCCUUCCGAAUUUAUGGGAUGAGAUACUUCAAUGAAAACGAUCCUUACUGGGGAAACCUCUCAGAGCCUAUUAUCAAUGCAGGCGACGGCAGGCUAAAUGCUCGCAGUGUCAAGAUAUUUGCUGACGGUGCUUUACGCUCUGGUGGAGCAGCGCUUCACGAGCCGUAUCAUGACAAUCCCCACACGAAGGGAUUCAUGCGUGUGGACCCCAAAGUCCUGACUGAUGUUGUACCCAAAUUUUUAAGAGACGGAUGGCAGGUUAACAUCCAUGCAAUUGGGGACUAUGCCAACGGCGUGGUUCUGGAUACAUUCGAGGCUGCAUUGAAGGACGUCGAUAUAACUGCACUCAGACCUCGUCUAGAACAUGCCCAAAUUCUGACGCAAACUGACUUGGAACGUGUCGGAAAGCUCGGAGUUAUUUCAAGCAUUCAACCUACACAUGCUAUCAGCGAUAUGUGGUUUGCGGAAGAACGUCUUGGUCCUGAGCGAGUGAAGGGUUUAUAUGCCUUCCGCUCCUUACUCGACCACGGCUCUCGACUCGCCAUUGGCUCUGACUUCCCGGUGGAAGACAUGAACCCGCUCGCUGGGUUCCAUGCAGCCAUUACGAGACUAUCUCCUGAAGGACAAUCGCCCAAUGGCCCGUCGGGAUGGUUUCCAGAACAACGGCUGACUCGCAUGGAAGCCUUGAGAGGCAUGACGAUCGAUGCUGCGUAUGCUUCAUUUACCGAAGACAGCCUGGGUUCUCUUGUUCCAGGAAAACGGGCAGACUAUGUGGUGCUAUCACAAGACAUCAUGACUGUUCCUGUUGAUCAAAUUUUGAGGACCAAAGUUCAAGCUACGGUGAUCGAUGGGCGUGUCGCCUUUGGAAAGGUUUAA